UCCGCCCGGGAGAGCGAAUUAACCCUAAAGGAGAAAGAGUUCCGGUUGAAAUCCCGAAGGUUGGAACAACAGGUUGCGACUGCGUCUCAGAGGGAGAGAGAAGCCGCUGCAUUGCUUGAGGAAUGCCAAGAACGGUUGGCAAGAACCACCCUAAGGCAGCUUGAAGAUUAUUUUACGUGCCCUUUGUGUUUUGAGAUUAUGUCGUGCCCAUAUAGUUUGAACCCACGACAGUGCGGACAUGCCUUCUGCGCCACUUGCAUUCUCAAAUGGUUCUUCUCCCGAUUGCAUCGUGUGUGCGGCACCUGGCAUGAACCCGUGGACUGCCCAAUGUGCAGGAGUACACUGUGUUCCACUCCAGAUAACGUUCCACGUUCGGAUUUCUCGUUUCCUUUCACACCAAACAGAGCGGCUGAUAACGCUAUUCGCGGCAUGAUCAGCACUCUCGCGAAGGAGGCUGACUCUGGAAAUUUAUAUGCAUCAACUGACUGGGGAGAAGAUGGUCACGCGAGACAAGAAUGGUAUAGAAAAGAAAGAGCUGGACGCCACGAGAUGACAGCUCUCGCCACGUCGUGGACAAACAUGCACGGAGACGAAUUCGUUAAAAUCAAAAGCAGACUUGAAGUAUAA